AUGGAGAAAAUUGGGCGGUUACUGGAGAUUUGUAUGCAAAAUGGCUUGAACUCGGACCAUUAUCUGCUCCCAUGUCUACUACAGGCUUGGAUAAAUUCAUCACAAGGUGCAGGCAAAAAUGCAAUCCUACUAGACAUCCCUAUAAUAACUAAGAAUUUGGAAGGUAAUAUGAAGAUUGGUGACCAAGUUCUCAAGUGCACCGAGCAGAGUUGGGAUGAGCUAAAUUUGAAAUCCCAGUCUCUUUCCUCUCAUUCAUCUAUAUCCUUCAAUGUUGCCAUUGUGAGAAGCCCCUUGUGUGGACUCGACUGGGCUACCAAGGUGCUUGACUCAACUAGGCUGAUUAGUGCUCCACCUCGACUUGGAACUAGGUUCCAAAUCGACUUGAAGUUGGGUUCCACCUCCACUUGA